UCUGACUGCACAAUCCGCUUUAUAAAGAGCUAAAUUUACCGAACUUUACGUUGUUUCCUGAGCUCUCACAAUUGGCCGAGCGCGGAGGGCUCAGACAGUUAUAAGGUUUGAGGGACCUCCUACCACUUACAAACUUGUUCAUGUCUUGUGAGCGCAGCUGUGGAGAGGCACAGACGGUCAGAUAGGCGCACGGACCCGCGCGGCUGACGCUCAACACCACGAGACUUUAACGAGAGAUAACUUAUUCUUAUUUCAUCCAACGAUGGCCUUAUCCGGAGUGAUGCUACCGUCAUUUUCCACAUUCUCAACCCAAAGAGAGAAACCCUGGGAAAAUAGGUGGAAAGGAGACACGGACAAACUGAUCUCCAGCAGCUGCUCCAUGCUUGAAAUGGUACACAACCUGGACAAUUACACCAAAAAGGACGACGAGGAUCUGAGCAAUUAUUUGGAUCUGGAUUUUAUUCUCUCUAACACGACUGGCUCUGAGAGCACGCCGGACUUUGCUGGCACAGUUGACCCCAGCAUGUACACGCCGGGACACUCAGUACCAUCCUUCCCAGCAGAGGAGCACCGCUCCCCGCCGCCCCCAUACGCCAGCCUCAUGACAGAGCUGCUCCGCUCAGAUGGACCAAACAGCUAUGGCAUUACGCGCAACCAAGGCGUUCAGGGGAGAUUUUACGUCAACACGGUGCCUUUUCCCCGCCAGGAAAUCAAAGUUGAGCCCCCCAUGGACGGUUACGGCCCCGUGAUGGGCAUGGUGCCCCAAAGCUGCAGCAAAAUCAAGCAGGAAGGGAACGUUUCGUGCAUGAUGUCCUUCGAGCAGCCCCGGGUUGCUAUCUCUCCGCGGGCAGCGAGCAACAUGACCCCUCCUCUCAGCCCCGACGACCAGGGAGCUUCGGACUGCCAGGCACAGCUGUGCCAGCCCAUGAACUUCUCCCAGAAAUAUCACACACCGACGGCUUUCCCGCACCACCCUCAGGCUCCGCAGAUGCAGAUGCCCUACCACGCUCCACACACUGCCUUUGGCAUGUACGAUGAAGGUCUCAGCCUGCAGCCAGGCGCGCAGAGGGUGAUGCUCACACCGCCCUCUUCUCCCCUUGAGCUGAUGGAGUCAAAACCAAAGAGAGGGCGACGCACCUGGCCGCGCAAGCGCACUGCCACGCACACCUGCACCUUCGCUGGCUGCGGGAAAACUUACACCAAAAGUUCCCACCUAAAGGCACAUCUCAGAACUCACACUGGUGAGAAGCCCUAUCACUGCAGCUGGGAAGGCUGUGGAUGGAAAUUCGCCCGCAGUGAUGAGCUCACUCGUCAUUUCCGGAAACACACAGGUCACAGGCCCUUUCAGUGCCACCUGUGCGAGCGCGCCUUCUCCAGGUCUGACCACCUGGCUCUCCACAUGAAGAGGCACAUGUGAAGGAAGCCCACAUGCAGACUGAGGGUUCAUGGGGGGGUUGUGUUAUUUUUUAUUGUGAUUAACUGAUGUAUUUUUAUUUAAAUUGUUCUCCACCUGACCAAAGUCUUUUUUAUAUAAUAUUGAAUUUAAAGUUUUAGUGUUAUUAUUUUCUAAUAAUGUAGCUGGUACUACUUUGGUUGUAUGAAAGCUUUAGAAAAGCUUUGUUUGCUUUCGAGCAGGCAGACCAAGAAGGGGCUGGCCCUGUACAUACUACUCUUCUUUGACAGAACUGGAAUGCUGUGUUUGACACAAAGUGCCUUUCUAUGACUGUGCUACUGUAAAACUCUUCGUGACAGAACGACAGGGCCACAAAACAGAACAUGUCCUUGUUGACAGGAGUGAGGUGCACAUACAGUUGCCUAACAUGUGCAAAGACAAUGUUUUAUUUAAACUGCCUCAAUGUCUGAAUGGCCUGUGCUUUUCCUGUUUCUCACUCUUUGGAGUUGAUUUUGUCUCCUUGUGUGUGAAACUCUCAGAUCCAGCUCCUCUGUUCACUAUCAGGGCUUGAUGUCCUGUGCAUUAUUUUCACUUAAAUUUAUAUAAAUAUGUACAUGGAUUUUAUACUGUCAAAUGUAUUUAUUGUAAAUAUUAAAAACAAUGAAAUUGAA